AUGCCCCCCCAGUCCAUCCGACGGCUGACUAAUUAUCUUUACCAGCACUUAAAACGCCAGGUGAUUCUCAGAGAUAUAAUGACCGCGUUCCACCAUUUGAUUCGAUUCGAAGCUGCCGAAGAGGAAGGCAUUUUUUUCGCCGAUUUGGGCCCUGGCGCGGAUGGGCCGCCUCGUAUAGGAGAAUCUAUUGCUGCGUAUAGUACAAUUGGCGACUUGUUAGACAAACGAGACUCAAAGACAGCGGUCAUUCAACGGCUUCUCGCACCACUUCCUCGCGACGAUAUCCCUAUAUAUUGUGUAGGACUCAACUACUACAGCCAUGCAAAGGAAGCUAGACUCACAAUCCCGUCGUAUCCUCCGCUUUGGACAAAACCGACAGCAGCGCUUGCUCAACCUAACGAAGACAUACAAGUCAAUGAUUUUUGUGCUCAAAGCUUGUUGGAUUACGAGGGAGAACUGGUGGUUGUCACUUCGAAAGAGUGCAAGGAUAUUACAGAGAAUGAGGCCAAGGAUUACAUCCUAGGUUACACCGUCGGAAAUGACAUAUCUUGCCGAAAAUUCCAGCGUCAGAGUAACUCGGGUGGCCAGUUCUUCUACGCCAAGGCAUUCGACAAGUUUGCGCCUAUUGGUCCAACACUGAUCAGCCCGGAAGCUUUUGCAGCCUUGCCUUCGGCCCAGGUCGUUACCAAGGUAAAUGGACAGAUUCGUCAAACAGCAGACUUGAAGAACGACAUGAUUUUCUCGCCAGCAAAAAUUCUCAGCCACAUGAGCCAAGGUACAACUAUCCCCGCAGGAACGGCCAUUAUGACAGGUACUGCAGCAGGAGUCGGUGUCUUUCUUCAGCCUGCGGCAUUUCUCAACCAUGGUGACAUCGUGGAAAUCUCCAUGGACAAGGUUGGCACUCUUCGGAAUAAGUUUCACUUUCAGAUCUCGCGAACUACGCAAAUAAUCGUGUUCUUGCAGCAUACUAUAAUAGGAUUUAUAACAAUGUGGCUAUCACUAGGAUAA